AGUUUAGGUUAUGGUCACAGCAACUGAGAUCUAUUGAAUUCUUUAAAAGAAGAAAUUUAUUAUAACCAACAAAUUUGACAUUUUGUCGGGUUGUCGGUUUAUCAAAAUUUGAUAAACGUAUACAUCGUUUUCAGAUUUACUUUUUUUUGUCCUAUAGGGGAUUAUAUUAAAAUGGCUGUGGCGACUGGAACCUCGUUGAUAUUGGCUUCAAUAAGCUCUGUACUAAUAUUUUCUGGAAUGCAGAUGUUCAAACCUUGGUUCAGUUCAUCACAAUUGCAUACACUUUUUGGUGGAUAUUUGGGUUCACUUUUCUUUGUACUUCUUCUCACAGCAAUAGGAAACUUGGAAACCUACCUCUUUGGAAAGUCAUUUCAAGUAAAAUUGUUUCCUGAAGUGUCCUUAUCCUUGUUGAUCUCUAUAUUGGCUUCAGCAACUAUUCACAGAGUUUGUGGAACAUCUUGCUUGUUGCUGUCAUUGUGCGCUCUCUACUAUUUGAACAAGUUUUCCCAGAGGGUCUACACAGUUCAAACUGCCCCUCCUGUCGUACAAACUGGGAAAAAGAAAAAAAAUAAUUCAUAAGUUUCUGCAAUCACUCUCAAUAUAAGAAAUUAGUAUUAAAUGCCUUUUGAUGUUUAAAUGUAAACAGUUUUCAUAAAUUACAUAACUUUUUGAUUAAUACAAAAUUUUUUAUAUUAACAUCAUUGCAAAGCAACUGGAAUUAUCUUGAAAAUAAGUUAUUAUUAAAGCUUCUGAAAAGAUACUGCAUUGAUGGACAAAGGCAGUUUUAGGAGAACUUGUUAAAAAUAUCUGUGGUUGUUUCCUUUUGUUGUAUGUGCAUUUUUUAAUUAGCAUCAAAAUUCAAAUUUUUACAAAUCAAAUUAUGUGUAUAUACAGCUUAGAAAUUUCUGUAUAUAAUACUAUAUCCUAGAAAAUAACAUUUAUAUUGACCACAUCGUUUACCAUAGCAGCACCAAUAACUAAAUGUUAGGUCCUACCUGCCUUUCAUAGGUUCAUAUCUUUCUCAAAAGACAAGACAUUUAGUCCAGUAAACAACGCUUUUUACCUCAGAUUUUCAUCAAGAUGCAUCGAUUUGCUUGAAAUUUCAACAGUAGAUAGUUCAUAGUUAAUUGUGGGCGGCAAAGGAGCCGUUGAGCACAUAUGCCUUCAGAUAGGUCCGUUAUAACCCACUUGAUGUUACCAAAGGCCAAUAUACUUUGAGAAGCCAGUCCGGCGCUUUAGAUUGAAUCCUGUGAUACCAUUGGGCAAGUUUUAAUGCUUGCCUAAGUGUUUAAAGCAUGGUCGUUUGAGUGCAGGGCACUCACAGAUGACGUGGUCCGCGGUUUCGUCCUUCAUGCACCAACGGCACUCCAAAUCAUCCGAGAUUGCGUCUUAGAUGGCAGUGUCCAGUUAGAAGUCCGGUCACUAGUUUAAUUUCGCGCCUGUUUAGUUGGAGCAGUUGUUUGGUGUGGGAGGCAUGAGGUCUAUCUAUAUGUGCCUUCUGGGCUCACCAGUGAGUUUACCAAUCCCAAUCUGGUGAGUGAGUCUGCCUUUGUUGCCCUAUGACAAGGCACCCAAAUGAGCUUGAUCUUGCAGCCAUCACUCACCGAUUCUCUUGCACUCCAGCAGUAACCUAGAGCACACCUUUUCAGCUGUUAUGGCUUCUAUGGAAGUUAUACUGUCUGAGCAGAUUGAGAUUACUGUGUGCCUAUAGUGAUGAAAAAGAUUUGCUUAUUUUGGGGUGUCCACCACAGAAGUCUGCCCCAACCAAGCCAUUCCUUCUGAAGCCUUCUGUUUUGAAAAAUUUGAUAAGUGGAAAAUGGUCAAUUUUACGAAAAAAAUGUAUUGAAUCAUUUUUAAAGAACUUUAAAAAUUCAAAUGAGACUUUGUAAUACAUAAAAUAAGGUAGUUAUAACGAAAAGAAGAUAGAAUCCCCUCAUUUCAUGGAAAAAGAACGUUAAUUCUACCUUUGAUAAUGCCACCUAAUUGAAAUAGAAAGUUAUAAAUUUGCAAAUCACUUUAAUUGUAUACAAAUAAUAGGAUCAAGAAGUUUAAAUUGUUUAAAGAGCUUGAUUCUAAAAAAAAUUAUAGUUGCAAUGGAUAAAACAUUUAUUAAUUUUUUUAUAAAAUAGUUUUUUACUAAAAAUAACUUAACAAUAUUGAAGAUUCGUUAAAACUGCUAGAGAACGAAAAGUUAGGUUUUAAAAAAAAUUGAUUCCUUUUUUAAUUUUUUUCCUUACUUCAGAAUUAACAGAUAUAAACUUUUAAAGUUCACAGUAGCAUGUGAUUGAUGCCGUUUUGGAGCCGUUUGAACAUUUCCCUUUUAUAAAGAGUUUAAUGUAUUCCAAACCGUGUUAGCCUAAAAGAUCAUAAAUUUUUCUACAAAAUGGUUUUUUAAACGACUUCUAGUUCGAAAAUUAAAAAGAGUUAUACUCAACUUUUUGCAAUUUUUAAGAGAGAAAAAUUUGUGAUUUGAUGAAGAAACAUUUGUUGUUAAAUACAAUAAAAAAACAUUUAAUAUAAAUUAACCAAGAUAAAGUACUAUAAUUAUUUUUUUUCAAUUUUAUCAUAAAGCGGCUUAGUUUUUAAGAGUUAAAAAACUUAAAUAGUAUUAUAAAGUAUCAUGCGAUCUUUAUUUUAAACCUACAAAUGUUUUUUUAAUUUUCUAAAUGCUUUAACUUUUAUUUAAUUGUAUUUUGAAAAUAUUAUAUUUUACCCUUUACAUUAAUUUGCACAUAUUGGCAUAGGUAGAUUUUGAAGUGAUGGUUUAAUAGAACUUAAUUCCAAAAUUUCAGCAAAUCCAUGUGUCUUGAUGGAAUUCUGAGAUCACACCAUAUUUUUAAUGUUCUUCACUGGACUAAGUGUAAUUGUGGGUAUAAUUAGUGUAUUCAGUAAUAGUAUUGAUAAAGGAUUACAGGUUGGGAGAAAUUAUUUAGGUGGACAAAUUAAUCAACUUGUAUAAAUACUCAUUUAUUAAAAAAAUUGUAUAAUAAAUCAUAUUUUUCUCCUA